ACAUAAUGUUCUGAAACGAUUUAAGUUUCACAAUAGAAACGCGGCCCAGGAGUUUAAAUCAAACCUGAAAAGCACAUUUGCACAGUCUCGCUUGCCUUUGCAUGUAAGCAAGAAGUCCAUCCCAUCUCAGAGCCAUUAGGAUUCCUAUGAUCUGGAGAAAGUAAAACCGAGAGACACACAGUUGCUUUUCUUUAGUCGCAGUAGAUGAUGGAUACAGGAACCGGUGUCGAGAUGUCGAACUCGCUGGAGCGGAGUGAUCACACUGCAUUCGUGGAAGGGAGCUUUCUUUAUGUGUGGGGAGGCUGUAAGUCAGUCUCCGGAACAGAAACACUGUUACCCAGUGAUGAGAUUUGGCUGUGCGAUUUGGAGAGUGGAAUAUGGGAGCGUAGGGGGAUGGAGGGAGAAAUCCCUCCGGCCUUAUCAGGUGCCUGCGGUUCUUAUCACAACGGCACUCUCUACGUGUUUGGAGGGUGUGACCCAAAUGGACACACCAACCAGCUAUACAGUGUUGACCUGCUGGAAGGACGCUACACCUGGAGGAAAGUGACAGACGCUGGGGGAAACACCCCCUCACCCAGAGACAAACAGUCCUGUUGGGUAAACCGAGACAGGCUCAUCUACUUUGGAGGGUAUGGAUGUAAAACCAUAAGAGAGGUCAACAACUCAAGGAACUUCACAGUCCAUGAAUCAUCCUGGGCAAUGAUUGGGACGACAUUCUUUAGGUUCUGGGGCUGGAACAGCGAAGUCAACAUUUUUGACACACACACUGCGACGUGGGAAGAACCUGAAACCCAUGGUCAGACCCCAUCUCCUAGAGCCUCCCACACCAGCGCCACCCUGGGGGACAAAGGUUACAUCUGCGGAGGUCUGGAGGACACAGAUUUGGACAUCCACUGUCUGGAUCUGGACACCUGGAUAUGGACACGGAUUGACUUCCUCUCGUCUUUGGUGCCCGUGGGGCGUUCCAUGCACACCCUGACCCCAGUGUCUGACCACACCCUCUUCCUGUUUGGUGGGCUGAGUAUCACCGGUGAUUCUUUAAGUGACGGAUGGGAGUUUGACACUCAGACAAAUACAUGGAGAGAGAUGGAUCACCUACACCAUGACAAGCCCAGGUUGUGGCAUUCGGCGUGUCGGGGCAAGGAUAAUGAUGUGGUUGUCUUCGGGGGGAGUCGAGACUACGUCCUCCUGAUGGACUCGGUCACUGUUUUGAGGUCUCCGUCACAGAACCACUGCAAAGAUGUUCUAGUCUUUCAGACCCAGCCAUACCCCCUACUCAGAUUAUGUAAAGACUGCAUAGGCUAUAACGCUGAUGUUUUGCAAGAGCAGCUUUUGUGGCUGCCACCCAAACUACAGGAGACUGUGGACAAGAGAGUGUCCUUCUUCAGGAUCGGCCCAAACCAGGAAAAUAAAAAACGGUUGGACCUGGUUUUAGAUUGACAGUAUUUCAAGAUAUAUUACAUGACAAAAGUUUUAUUGACUGUUUUGUUUAAGUGUGGUAUUCUAUUUGUUUUUAUCAGAACUUGUUCCUUUCACUUUUCUAAAGCUCAUUAGGAAAUGAGUCUCAUUUGGUGCAUCGGUCUAAAGCUCUUCUCACACAGGUCAUGAAUGGGAGAUGGCUACAGGUAGUAAGAUUGGGUAUUUGGCAAAAAAACAAUGUUUUGCAAUUAAUGUACAAUCAAUAGUAGCCCAUUUAACUUGACAAAAUGAAAACAGGAAAAUAAAGUUGUUGUAUUUUCUUUUAAUGUUGAUUAAUAAAAUGUUGCUGACUUAAAA